UGUGACUUUUGUAGUUUCACUUUCGAUUUUACAUGCUUGUACAACAUGUACAACACCAAUUGGAAAAGCGGUUUCACACAUUCUUCACAACAGUAAUCCUAAAUUAUAAUGGGCGAGAAUUCAUCGAAGAUAUACAUAUGGACGGAGGGAGGAGGAAAUGUAGGACAUGGAUCGAUGACCUUAAGCGAUGGAACCCAUAUCAGCUGGUGGCCAAAGGAAGAGAAAGCGAAAUCUGCCAACCAGAGAUGGACAUCCGUGGAAGCUGAACCAGCAACUUCGUAUGAAGAGGACGAGGAAUGGGAAGGAAAACCAGCUGAUUUCAUAUACGAAAUUCCUUCCGGAAAACUUGACGAGGCAGCUAUUAGAACCUGGUGGAAUGAGUUCAAAACAACCAACAACUAUCAUAUUGCUUUUAAGAAUUGUUGCAGUGCCGUCUAUAGCGCCUUGAAGAAAGGUGGAGCUGAAAAGAUAGCAUGGUUCCCAAUGUCACUUAUUUCAACACCAGCAAACCUGAAGGAUUAUGCUGAGAAACUACAGAAAGCAACAAGAUAACAUUAUAAACAAGUGACAAAGAACAUUACAUGCUGAUUUUUUAUAUUACUAAAAGUCAGCAUAUGAUAUAAUUUUAUCACACACGUGUUUGUUGUAAUCUUGCAUAAAUUCCCUUUAAAGUAUUUCAAAAAUUGCUAGCGUAAUUAAGAAAAUGACAUGAUUAGUAUCAUUCAAAUA